CCUGGUCCAAACUAAUAACCAAUUGUCGCCACAAGGAUUACCUAGUAGGAUUUUGUGUCCUUUAUUGGGGAAAGAACCAGCCCCCGACUAGCCAAAGAGAGUGGAUCCACCUUUUGGGAAAUCAUUCCCCAGAAUGCUUUAAGGGAACAGUAGUCGGUAGUGAAAAAGGACAUCAUUUUCGUCGAAUAGUGUGAAAAAGGGUGUGGAAGAUCAGUUUUAGUCAACCACUGCCUUUUUGCCAAACCCCCUGCUGCUGUUGCUGCGUGUUUAACGCGCAAAACGAAGCUUGGAACCAAGGAAUUGUACUGUACUAGUGAUUAGAAACGUAAAAGUUGCCAAAUCUACCGGAAAUCGGCGUAUCCUGUUUUAUCGGAUACAAAGAGAAUCAACCCAGAAGGAUUUCGGGACGCCAAAUAGUGUGUGGAGAACGCGUUGCAUUUUUCGGUACUCUAUUGCAUACAUAAAGGCGUUUAUAGCGCUGCUUGCUGCAUAAAUACAUUCGAAGAAGGGCGUGUUUGCUGCCGGAGAUUCAACGACCGGACGAAGACCGGGAGAACAAGCGCUACCAACUGUUGGAUGUGAAAAAGAUUUUUCCUCCUCAAAACGGAGCAGCUCUAACAAAAUCAGUGAGUGAGCGAGAGAGUACAUCAAAAGCUCCCGACUACUAUCCGGUUAACCGGCAGCACCCUUUGAAUCUGUCAAAAGGAAAAAAAAACGCAAAGAUAUCUACAAAUUUAUUGAACGGAACAAAAAAAAGUCCCCCCUAGAUAUAGGCUAACAAUUGGUGACAGUGAUUUCCACCACAACCAAAUAAAAUCAGCCCCACACCAAGCGCACAAAAACGUCGCACAACUUGGAAACCAUAGUUUUACAUAGUUAUUAAAACUAUUUGGAAACUAUUAAACAAACAACAAAUCUACAACGACAAGCCACGUAACGACCCAUUUACACACACAGAAACUUAUUGAUAAAAAAACCCCUCCAAAGGAGGAAAUUAGAAACAAGCGCAUAGACUAAGGAAAAAACAAAAGUCCAAAGAACAUUAGAAAAGAAAAUCAAGAGUGAUUAGCUUAAAUCAAACAACUUUUUCCUUUCUAACAAAAAAAAAUCAGCAGCAGUUGUUAGUUGGAAGAGGUGGAUACAAAAUCAGAACCAAACUCCACUAACCACCAACAGACUAACUAGUAACUAGACACCAGACACAACAACAACACAAACGAUGGGUGGUUGCGCUUCCAAGGACAAGAAGGACAAGGUGGUCGAAAAUGAGGCGGCGGCCACUGGCGAGGCAGCCGGAGACGGUGCUGCCAACGGGGAGAACGGCGGUGGCGAAGGGUGUGUAUCAAACUCGAUGGUAUUCCUGUCGAGAAACAAAUCAGACACCAUGGUUGACGCUGCCGUUCUGGAAAAGAUGGAAGCUGGCUUCGCCAAGCUGGCCGCUUCGGACUCCAAGUCCCUGCUGAAGAAGUAUCUGACCAAGGAGGUGUUCGACGCCCUGAAGAACAAGAAGACCUCGUUCGGAUCCACCCUGCUGGAUUGCGUCCAAUCUGGUUUCGAGAACCACGACUCCGGAGUCGGUAUCUAUGCCCCUGAUGCCGAAUCCUACUCCGUGUUCGCUGAUUUGUUCGACCCAAUCAUCGAGGACUACCACAAGGGAUUCAAGAAGACCGACAAGCACCCGGCCUCCAACUUCGGCGAUGUCAACUCGUUCGCCAACGUUGACCCGACCGGCGAGUUCGUCGUGUCCACCCGCGUCCGUUGCGGUCGCUCGAUGGAGGGCUAUCCAUUCAACCCCUGCCUGACCGAGGCCCAGUACAAGGAGAUGGAGGCCAAGGUGUCGUCCACCCUGUCCGGACUGGAGGGAGAGCUGAAGGGCAAGUUCUACCCGCUGACCGGUAUGGAGAAGUCUGUCCAGCAGCAGCUGAUUGAUGACCACUUCCUGUUCAAGGAGGGCGAUCGUUUCCUGCAGGCCGCCAACGCUUGCCGUUACUGGCCAUCCGGACGUGGUAUCUACCACAACGACAACAAGACCUUCCUGGUCUGGUGCAAUGAGGAAGAUCACCUCCGUAUCAUCUCCAUGCAGAUGGGUGGCGAUCUUGGCCAGGUCUACCGUCGUCUGGUCACCGCCGUCAACGAGAUUGAGAAGCGCGUUCCAUUCUCCCACCACGACCGUCUCGGUUUCCUGACCUUCUGCCCGACCAACCUGGGAACCACCAUCCGUGCUUCGGUCCACAUCAAGGUCCCGAAACUGGCCAAGGACUACGCGAAGCUCGAAUCGAUCGCCGACAAGUACAACCUGCAGGUCCGUGGUACCCGCGGUGAGCACUCCGAGGCCGAGGGCGGUAUCUACGAUAUCUCCAACAAGCGUCGCAUGGGUCUGACCGAAUUCGAUGCCGUCAAGGAGAUGUACGAUGGCAUUGCUGAACUCAUCAAGAUCGAGAAGUCGCUGUAAAUCAAAACACACACACAAACACAACCAACAACACCCCCAACAAGUCUAAGCAUGAAAAAAACAUUAAAAGCAAAAUUGAAGAAAAAACGUUAAACUGAAGCCAAAAAAACUAAUAAAAAAGAAUAAAAGUUAAAAUUUUGAAUUAUUUUUGAAAUACAACACCACCACUCAAACAGCUAUCUACUAUAAACUUGAAACCAAGCGACACUUUCUUACCACCAACUAAAGAAAAACAAAUCAAAAGAAAACAAUGUGCUCAGAAGGACAGAAGUGCGGAAAAAACGUUCUUUCCCACGUGACGUAGCGUGGUGCGUUCCACCAAGAUGCGGUUAGUGGCCCUCCCUUCAGACCACCACGCGAAUAAUAUUGAUCUCCAACGCGCGCGCGGGUUGAAAAAUCUGUAGAUCACAUUUUUCUCCUGUGGGGAAUCAACACCAUCAGCUGAGCUGCCAGGCAGACAACAAAUCCCAACUCUUGUGUAAAAAUUCCACGCGUGGUUAGGGUGCGUGCUAGACCUUUUGCUGUGGGUGGAAAACGCCCGCGCAACACAGGAACGAUUGUUUUUUUUUACCGUUGGCGUUUUUCGAACUGCGCAUUGUAACGUCUCUUUCAAUUUGUCUGAAAUUGAUUGCAGACCCAACUAACCCCCGUGUUAAGCUUUUCUAUUGUGCUGUUGUAGGUUCAAGUGUACUGCUGAACAUCACACCACUAUUAGGUUACGGAUAGCUUUGACUUUAUAUGUUUUCUUUGAAUAAAACAACAAUCUGUAUGACCUAACACUCGUUUUCGUGUCUCAUCAAUGCUCUGAGUAAAUUUUGUCCUAUUGUAUUAUUAUCUAAGAUAACCCACACACUCUUAUUUAUUGAAUAUAUCUCUCGAUCGCUGUGAGUUAUGUUGUAAGUUGUGCAUUAUUUUUCGUAAAAUAGUCACUAACCAAAAGAAAAAAAAAGAUUAGCAAGAACAUGUGGAUUCUCUAUUAGUAGGAAACUAAAUAGAAAAAACUAUAGGUACCAGACAUUGAGGAACGAUCUUCACCGGAAUACCGCGCGAAAACGAUUCGUGUUCGUGCGUCGAAGCGAGUUCGUUUUCUGUGCAAAGCUCGAAGCGUGGGAGCGCCUAUGUCUUGGACCGGGUGAUCAGCUUUUGAAAACUAACAACCUUCGUCCGGUUCAACAUAUCGCGACGAUGUUCGAAGCGGUUCCACCCAAACUGGACACUAUUGUAGAGCAAUGUGAUCGCAGUUGUUGGUUACUGCCGAGUAUCAAGCGAUCGAAAAUUUGACGGAGGUUUGUUGUCUCUAAUGUUGUGUCAGCCCCCCGAAUAGGGCUACCGGUUGAAGGAUAAGACAAAAAAACAACAUCACUCGAGAUGUGCGCAGUGAAAAGCUAGUAAAGACGCCUGGAAUUUCAAAUUUAUUCAUUAUUUUAAAAAUAAAAAUACUAAAAAAUUA